AUGGUGACGGACGGCGCUGCAGCUGCUCUGCUGUUUACGAUGAACCACACUAGUCCUCACUCUCUACACACAGUGAACCACAUCACACAAAUUCCCAGCAAAAGAAACACUCUUCUUUCAAAAGAGAAUUCUUUCAUGAGCUGCUGGGGUGAUGUAAAUUGCAUUGGUAGAAGCAUUGUCAAAAAAAUUGUUAAGCCAAAAUUGCAUCCAAGCCGGAGUAGCCAAGAUUUGCUUGAUGAAGAUAUGAUCUGAUACCCAUUUUCAAAGUGUUGUGUUUGGAAAAUUUGGAGAACCUCAGCCUGAAACCAUUUAUAAGUAGUGAAUAUAUGGAUCAAAGGGAAGCUAUACCACUGCAAGGUUCGGCUUCCUAUUAUCUCCAUCAAGGAAAUGCCGAAUCUGUCAUGGGACUGCAGGGAUACCUUGGCAUGAAUUCGCUGUCUAAUCCCGGUUUUCAGUAUCAAACCAACAUGGAGAGGGAUGUGAUGGGAUCAUCGACAAUGUCACCUCAUGGGAUGAGUGCUGGCCCCCCUCCUGCUAUGAUGCAAGGGGAGCCUGUUUCUAGGAAGAGGGGAAGGCCACAGAAAUAUGGGUGUGAUAGUGCUAAUUCAUUGCCAUUGUCGCCCUCCUUGCCUAAUCCCGUGCCAUUUGUGACACCAACUCAGAAGCGGAGAGGGAGACCACCAGGGACGGGGCAAAAGCAUCAACAAAUCCCCCUUGGUGGAUCUAUCUUAACCCGGCCUGGAAAACUUGUCCCGCAUGUCAUCAAUGUUGCCGUUGGAGAAGAUGUCAAAAGAAAGGUACUGUCUUUUGUACAGGGGCGACAAAUCACAGUCAUUUUAUCUGGAAAUGGUACAGUAUCAGCUGUAAAUAUUAGCAGAUCGAGUUCUGGUGGGAGCGUCACAUAUGAGGGAUGCUUUGAUAUUUUGAGUUUAACCGGUUCGUAUGUACAAUUUGAUGUGGAUGCGCCUCAAGGCCCAGUCGGCUGUCUGAACGUUAUUCUUUCUGGUCCGGAUGGGCUUGUCAUAGGUGGUGGAGUCGAUGGUGUCAUGCUUGCUAGCAGCCCUGUUCAGGUUGUUGUGGGAAGCCUGCUACCGCGCGCCUCAAAGGCGAAAAACAUUGCUGCAGGGACUUCAGCAGAUUCCGAAGACCAUACAGUUGGGAACCUAGCUGUUCUAGACAAUGCUUAGCCUAGUUCAGAAUCAUAGGUCAGUUGGUAUAGACAGAUAGAAAUGUACUGUCGUAUUUUGGUUCAAGUUUUCGAUUUCAACACCCAUCGACGUUUGGAGAAACUGGUUGAUUAAGUCUUCAGCAGCUAAUUCAGAUCUUUGUUGCUGAUUAGUAAUGAAUUUAUAUGCUGAUGUUGGAGUUUUUGGCUAGGAAAGAUGCCAAGAAAUGAGAUGAACUUAUUUGA